GAUGGCUUUAGAAAUGUAUUUAGACCUUUUCAAGGAGAACAACAUUCCUUUUGAUUUCAAAACUGUUUCACUUAUGGAAGGAGAGCAGUAUGGAGAAGAUUUCAGAAAGAUCAACAUGAUGAGGAAAGCUCCUGCAAUCCGAGAUGGAGACUUCUGUUCGGCUGAAAUCAUUGCCAUUAUGAAGUACCUGGCAUAGAAGCACAAGACCGCAGACCACGGGAAUCCAGCCGACCUGCAGAAGCUCACCCGUGUCAAUGAAGAACUGUCCUGGCAGCACAUGGGAAUACGUAUGCAUGGCUCCAAGAUGUAUUGUCUCAGGCUGUUGAUACCAAAGAUCAUGGGUGUGGAAGUCCCCAAGGACAAGAUGGAUAGAGCCCUGGAGGACCUGGAGGACCUGGAGGGCUGGUCGAGAACAUGGACGGCAGCAAGACGCAGGUCUUCAAGCCCAAGAUCUUGAGAUUGUUCUUCUGAAUUCUCCAGUGACAGUGCAGUGAAGCUGGUCUUCUGUGAAAUAAUCAAGCUGGAUCUGUUAUUCAGCCACUGUGCACCAUGUAACAUAAUAACAAAAUAAAACCUUCUCUAUGGAAAUUCAGACACUCCCUGUUAGUACAACAUAUUUAUAUCCAUUCCUUAUUAUUCUAAUGUUCUAAAAGCUGUUUUAUCAAACGUUUUAACCUUUUACUGUUUUUGAUUGAAUUAAUAACUUAUUAAACUGUGUUUAACGUUUGCAAACAAUAUACAGUGAGGGGAGAAAGUAUUUGAUCCCCUACUGAUUUUGUAUGUUUGCCCACUGACAAAGAAAUGAUCCGUCUAUAAUUUUAAUGGUAGGUUUAUUUGAACAGUGAGAGACAGAAUAACAACAAAAAAAUCCAGAAAAACGCAUGUCAAAAAUGUUAUAAAUUGAUUUGCAUUUUAAUGAGGGAAAUGGUGUGAAAUGGUGAACACCGAAGGUGUUCGUUUCUUUGGUAUCUGGGAGAGAGGCGGCCCGAAAACUUCUUGAAUUACGUCAAGACUCCCGUAGUGUGGCAGACUACGCUGUUGACUUUUGCACAUUUCGAUACUUUUCUUCACGGA